AUGUCCACAGCAGCGGAAUCAGAACUCUGUGUACUUCAGCGCUGUCGACUAGGGCUUACAGAAUGUGUGUUUCAAAGGCCCCAUUCCACUGGCUGGGUAGUCCCUGUCUCCUCUGUGGCCCCUUCCCGGUCUCACUCUACAAGCAUAAAGGUGGGUGACCCGGUGCUGCGAGCCCAGGCUGCAGUGGUGGACUCUGGGGCAGUACAGGGUCCGGAGGUUCAGGAGGUGAUCCGCACCAUGGUGAAGGUGAUGCGGAAGUUUGAAUGUGUGGGACUGAGUGCAUCUCAGGUUGGAGUGCCACUUCGUAUCUUAGCCCUGGAGUUCCCAGAGCGCAUGUUGAGUCACAGCUUGCCUGCUGCACGUGAAGCCCGCGGUCUCACCACUGUGCCUCUGCAGAUCUUUAUCAACCCCCAGCUGCGGGUCCUGGAUGGGCACACGGUUAAGUUCCAGGAGGCCUGUGAGAGCAUCUCAGGGUUCUCAGCUACUGUUCCACACUACCUCUCUGUGGAAGUGUCAGGUUUCAAGGUGGCUGUCAUCUCCAGAGACAACAGCAGGUUGGAGAAGCUCAGGGGGUUUGUUUCUACCUCUACCCGAGACAACCUCACCACCCUAGUUGGGAAUGUUGGUUCAGAGGAGGGGGCAGAGGUGGUCAAGCAGGCCCUUCUGAAGUCUGUUGGCAAGGUGACAGACAUUGUGUCAUCUCUGGGCUUCAGCUGGUGGAAGGGUGGACCUCCACAUAGCCAGACUUUGAAAGAACUACACUGGGUGAUUGAGACAUUGCUGUUCAGCACCUUUGUAUCAUGGAAGGUUUUCUUUCCACUGGUGAGAGAUGACCCCAACUGCACUUACACCUUUAUCACAGGUGGUGCCGGGGAGAAGCUGUUGAUGCCAGGUACAGGGUUCCUAACUGUUGGCGCCGCCAGCACCCUGGCAUUCUGUCAGGUAUUACGAGAGGAGUACCCAGAAGUGCCCUGCAAACUCAACCAGGUAAAGAUCAACACAGGUGUGGCCCCUCCAGAGCGCAUGGCUCCUGGUUACCUGAACCACCUGGACCUUGGUGAGGCCGUGGCCACAUUGGUGGAGAGAAAGAACACUACCCACACCGUGUUCCCUGUCAACUGCCCGGCGGACUUAAAAAACAUAAUUCUAGAGGGUAACAUUCAAGGCUGCCCCUCUCUGCCAUAAGUCCCUGCAGACUCUCAAUACCAUAGUGCUUGAGUCAUUCCACAUCCAUUUUAUUCUAUAGUCAGUUCAUGUGAUUGUUUUCUUUGCAUGUCAAAUUAUAUAUCUGUAAGGAACAUUUCAAGCUUUUUGUGACUUCAUACCAGCUUCUGCACAGUCCUUAAUUGUUCCAAUGUUAAUGUACUAAUAACAACAUAAUGCACUGGACCAAUGGAACUGUGCAGGUGCUUACAAGUGUAGAUUAUAUAGAUGCACUCUGUUGGGAAAGUACAGAAUUACUCUAAGAUGUAAGCAUUUCACUGUUAGUCUACACCUGUUGUUUACGAAGCAUGUGACAAAUACAAUGUGAGGCAGCAAAAGACGGCGGGACGGGGGCUUGGAACAUUUGAGUCCCGUAGCGUGACUCUCUGUCCUGUUCACAGGCGCCCUCCACCCACCCCCUGCCCUCCCCUUUAUUUGGGUCCAAUUAUCUGGGAUGGCACAUCCGUAAAUAAACAAUGCAGGAGGUGGGAGGUCCCCCGGAGGGAAAGAAAUAUCACAGAGUGCAUUGUUGUCUUUGUUUACUGUUCUGUUAAUGGCAUACAUGCUUUAGCAACAAGAAUGUAUAUUUGUCAUGCUAAUAAAGAAACCUGAAUUGU